GGAAGAACACAGACAGGCCUUGGUGAAACCACUAUAAAACGCUGCCAGGGACUUUGCGCCGUCACAGUUGAGUCUCAAGUGCGGCGGCAUCAUGAAAGUCCUGGUAGUAUUGAGCGCAGUCUUAGCAAGUUGCUUGGCUUACCCGCCAAGCAUCGGCUAUGCUUACUCGGCCAUUUCACCAUUGACGGCCUACAGCAGCUUUGCCGCCCCUUACCCGUACGCCUUCGGUGCGCCCGCCAUCUCUACUGCUCCCCUCGCCGCCCCUAUUGCCCCUAUUGCCCCAAUUGCCCGGAUUGCUCCCAUUGCCCCAGUGGCUGCUGCGACUAAAACCCAAUACCACUCCCAAGAUGAGCUCGGCCAAGCCAAAUACGGCCAUUCUGAACCCCUCCAGGCUCACACAGCUGUUCAGGAUGCUCACGGUAACAAGAUUGGAAGCUUCAGCUAUGUCGACCCACAUGGAGCAGUCCAUCAGACCAACUACGUCGCUGAUGGAGCUGGCUACCGUGUGGUGUCCAACGACUUGCCUGUAGCGCCUGCUGCCCCUCUCCCAGCCCUUCACCGUAGAAGACGCCAGGCUCACUGGAACGGACCAUUAGCUUCUCCCGUUGUUACACCAACCGGUCACUUACAAGAGACCCCAGAGGUUGUUGCUGCCAAGGCAGCCCACUUUGCCGAACAUGCCAGACAGAACUCCGCCUCAGCUCAGCAGAGAUCAUGGAACCCGGCGCAGGCCUCAGCUCAGCCAUCAUGGAACUCAGCCCCAGCUCAACAGUGGUCUCCGCCUCAGGCUGUCCCAGCACAACAGUGGACCCAGCCUUGGACUUCCGGGAGCCAAGAGGCUAGAAGCGGCUGGAGCCAACCUCAAGCUGCCCCAGUUCAACAAUGGCACCAAGCUCCAGCCCAAAAUGCCCCUAUUGCUGAUGCCCCAGAUGUAGCUGCCGCUAAGGCUGCCCAUCUCAGUGAGUACACUCGCGUUCAGGCCGCUGCUCAGGCUGCUGUUGCUCAGGCCGCUGCCUCAGGGCCCCAAGGCCAAGAGGACGAUGGAUCAUACAGACCCGAGUAUCAGACUGAAGGAGUCCCUGCUGCUCCAGCUGCCACUCCCUACUCUUCCUGGACCCAACCUCAGCCCCAGCCUCAGAGCUGGAGCCAACCCCAGCCUCAGAGCUGGAGCCAACCCCAAGCUCAGCCCUGGAGCCAACCUCAAGCAGCUGCCCCUGUCGCUACUCCCUACACCAGCUGGAACCAACCCCAGGCCCAGAGCUGGAGCCAACCCCAACAAUGGGGACAGUCUCCCAGUGGUGGCAUUCCUGACACCCCUGAGGUAGCUGCUGCUAAGGCUGCCCAUCUCGCUGAACAUGCCGCUGCUUCUCGCAGAUCUAAGCGUUCCGUUCUACUCCAAACACCCGCUAGCACAGCUCCUCUUGCUGCCCCUCUGGCCUACGCUGCUGCCCCUGUGUCCUACGCUGCUGCUCCUGUAGCUUACCCCGCCCCAGCUGUAGCUUACCCCGCCCCAGCUGUAGCUUACUCUGCCCCAGCUCUCGGAGUCCCAGCCAUUAGAACUGACAUCGUCCAUAACCCAGGACACGCCUUCAGUUACAGAAUCGACGCUCUUCAUUAAACUGAGUCCAAUGCUCGUCCGCAUUGUCCAUUUACCAGGACAUACCGAGAGCUACAAAACCGAUCGAAGUAACUAAUAAUGUUUGCUUAGUCGCAGAGGAGACCAUCGGACCUCUGAAAAAAUGUGAUACCUAGUUGUAAAUAGGAUAUAAAAUUUUAGGAUUAAUUUAUUGUAAAUAAUUCCUAGGAUCUAUUCAAUUUGUUUUUUUUUACAACUGACGAAGAAUU